UGCCAUCGGCCCUACACUGGUGGUAGUGGCUUCCCUGAGUGCAACAGCGUUAGCGAAGGGGAAGGAUCUCAACCUUUUCCUUUUUCCACAUUGUUCGUCCUUCUCAACUUAUUUUCUAUUCCCCAGCAGAGACACAAAAUACAAGUAAUUAUGGGGGUUGUGUGUCUCAGCUCAAAAGUUUACCCUUUUACUACCUUUCUCGCACUAGUCGGUGUUUGCUUCGGAGGUUCGGACGGGCCCCGUGGAGUCGCGGUCGGGUUCGUUUUCGACCCAAAAGCUUCGUGCGACCAGCCGUGCGAGCACGGGGGACUCUGCAUCCGCAAUAACACAUGCUUCUGCUCCAAGGGCUAUGACGGAGAGACCUGCAAAUAUGCCAAUUGUUAUCCCAAAUGUAAAAAUGGAGGAUCAUGUCUUCGUCCUGGAAAAUGCCGAUGCCCUUCUGGAUUUGGAGGAAGAUACUGUCACAAAGUGAUGUGUGAUGGCGGAUGUUGGAAUGGAGGGGAAUGCACCGCUGUCAACGGAGUGGCCAAGUGUAUGUGCCCUUCGAGCUGGACUGGAUCAAAAUGCCAAGACGCAAUUUGUCCACAAGGCUGUAAGAAUGGAGGGAUCUGUGUGGUUCCUGGAAUCUGCAGCUGUCCAGAGGGAUGGCUGGGUGGUGCCUGCCACCAUGCUGUUUGCACUCAGCCCUGCCUGAAUGGAGGAAAGUGCAUUUUUCCCAACAAAUGCCGCUGUCGCCCCCCUUUCUCUGGACCUCAGUGCGAGAAGAAACAGUCCCACUAGUGUGGUGCUAAAUCAGGCCCAAAUAAGGUCACGGGGAUGAUAAGAGUUUUGUGAUUUUUUGUGGCUGAAGUGUGGGGAGUUUAAUUUUGUUUACCUUUUAGUAUUUUUAAAGAAACAUCAAACCUAUUAUUAUGACUGUAUAAACAUACAAUAUACUACAUUAUAACUUUUGUCAUUAAAUAAAGUGAUCAAAUCAAA